AUGUGCCCGUGUGUUAUUCAACCGGCUAGAAACUCAUCCAUGCUUCGAGUACGUUGCUGGCAAGCUAACUUUCAUUGGUAACUUUUAUUUAACGCUGGCGUGGGGGAAUGGCAGAGGAUUUGUUGCAGUGGAGUUUGGAUCAAUUACAUCACCAAUUUUGUCUGGAGGCAUCUGAAGACAUCGUCAAAUACAUUAUAUCAAUUGAAAAAGAAGAGGAGAUUGAAGAGUAUGUGGGCGACCUUCUUCAGGGUACAGAUGGGAGGAAAGGACAGUUCAUUAAGGAGUUCCUAUGCAAGUGGAAAAAGACUCAAAGACAGGCCGGAGAUACGGCUGGUCUAUUCCUUCUCACAGAGUCGAUGUCUGCAACAGACUCACAAGAUAUGAUCAAAGAUACCCAGAAGAAGUCUAAACGGAAGGGUCGUAACAAACAAGAGGUGUUGACUGUGAGUCAAACUGACCCAGAACCAGAGGCUGUCAAAACACCUAUUGACCUAAUGAGGACUCAAGAAAGCUCUAGUAUGGCUUCAACAAAGAAGAAAACCAAGUUUACAAGUCUUUAUGCUAAAGAAGGCCAAGACAAGCUGACUGUUUUACUACCUGGACGACAAAGCUGCGACUGCCUUGCUCAGAAGCACAGACUCAUCAACAAUUGUAUCAGUUGUGGUCGUAUCGUAUGCGAGCAAGAGGGAUCCGGUCCAUGUCUCUUCUGUGGUAGCCUGGUCUGCACCAAAGAAGAACAAGAGAUUCUGCUAAGAGACUCAAACAAAAGCCAGAAACUAAGAAAGAAGCUGAUGGGAGAUUGUGGUGAAAGAGAUUACCUAGUACAUCAAGAAAACAAGAUGAAGGCUGGUUUGGAGAAGGCUGUCCAGCACAAAGAUAAACUGUUGGAAUAUGACAGGACAAGUGUCAAGAGAACUCAGGUACUUGACGAUGAGUCUGAUUACUUUGCAACUGACAACCAAUGGUUGUCAAACGCUGAGCGUGACAAGCUAAGGAAGAAGGAGGAAGAGCUGAGAGAACUUCGUCAUGCGUCCCGUAAAGACCGGAAAAUUACCUUGGAUUUCGCUGGUAGACAAGUCCUUGACGAGGGAAACAACUUGAACGAGUACUACAAUAAAUUAGAUGAGACCCUCCAAGCAAUACACAUUGACUCUGCGGUAAAAUCUCCAUUGUAUAAACGACAAAGUGAACAACAGAAUCUCCGUGAACUGGUCAACCCCAACAUAAGGCAGAGUGCACCACAAUGGGUAGAUACCGGCAACAGGGAAAACAACAAAAGGAGCUUAGUGAAGGAACAGAGCUUGGCACAUGAUGGAAAGGAAGGAGAGCGGGCAAGGUUGAGGCUCCAAGAUAAAGAAUUGCAGGAGAUGUCUGAUGGAGGCUGGUGUCUCAGCAUGCACCAGCCAUGGGCAUCACUACUGGUCAAAGGCAUCAAGAGAGUAGAGGGCCGAACAUGGUAUACAUCACACCGUGGCCGUCUUUGGAUUGCUGCUGCGGCCAAGAAGCCUACUCCUGAGGAGAUUGCUGAAGUGGAGGCUAUGUACUGCUCCAUCUACAAUAAAGAUCCCAGGUUUCCUUCCAACUAUCCCACUGGCUGCCUGUUGGGCUGUGUCAAUGUCACCGAUUGCCUUUCUCAAGAUCAGUUUAGAGAGCAGUUCCCCAGCACAUGUGAGGAGUCUGCGUCCCCAUUCGUCUUCAUCUGCACUAACCCUCAGGAGCUGGUGGUAAAAUUCCCAAUGAAAGGGAAGCACAAGAUCUGGAAGCUAGAGAGCCACUACCACCAGGGUGCCAAGAAGGGGCUGGUCCCUUCGGCCACAGAGUGACGUCUCAACAAGGCCAAGGAGGGAGUAGAAACCGACCAGUGUGUGUGCAGUUUUGUUUAAACAGUUGGUAAAUCACAGCCAAUUGCAGUGGGAACAUUUCACAUUCUACUCUAAUUCAAAACCAGAAAGAUAUAUCAUAUUUGUUAUUGCUUUACAGAAUAAAUAAAAGGGAAUUUUAGACUGUACAAAAAGUAGCUUGCUACAGUAGAUCAACUGAACAAUGCUUGGCUUCACAUCUACAAAGCUAGAUUCACACUGCAUGAUUCAAGUGAACCAUUUCUUUUUGCCCCAAAGCAGUACAUCUUUUAAAUUUCAUAGUGUUAAACUCAUUCCCUGCCAUUGACAAAAUGGACGUGAGAUUCAUUUAAACUGGAAGGAAAGGUUGUGAAUGUUCAUGUUUCAGUGCCAAUGAUGGCGCUAGAUAUUUAUCCAUUUUGCAAUCAAUGGCAGCCAAUGGGUUAAAUGAAUGCCCUAUAAAGGGUUACACUGUCCAUUAAAAUGUGCAUGCAAUCAUUUUAAAUUGCAGGUUAGACCCUGGAUCCACCCCAAAAAUGCUAAGGAAUUGUGGAAUGCAGUCUAUUGGUCCUGGACACAAAUAGCAGUUCCCAACUGCCAGGUGGUCCUGCAACAAAAAUGUUAGUUCAGUGGUUAACAAGAAAGGCACAAUCGUCAUGCAAGCUUUUUGUCAGUUUACAGACCUCGGGUGAUUGAGAUGGUGAACUAUAAAAGCAAUAAUUAUAAUUUUAUGGAGAAAUCCUUUUCUUGAGUUUGUAGAGGACGACUAUAAUCUUAAUAUCUUGAACAAAGGAAAGCCUUAACUCUAUUUUCCUCGCUUUAAUUGACCAACAUUCCUUUCUGGAUUUCGAAAGUAUCUUCAUCUAAGAUGUCACAAAGAGACUGAAGAAGAGCAGCUACUGACAGCUCAAGCUGUAAAAAGAAAUGCGGAGCCGCCUCGUUUUGAUAUGCAGCCUGUCAUUACCCUCCUAACACCUAAGGCCACAUUUAGACUGACACUAGUUGGGGAGUAAAAACACAGCCUACUCAUUUAUUUCAGACAGAGACACAAUUACUUCAGCACAGUAGGGGUGAUUAUGCGGAGGGCUUUGGCAGGGUCAUCCGAGCGCAAUCCAAAUGGCUUACAUUUCUUUCCCACAGUGCAGCAAUGUACAGCCAGCCUUAAUCACGUCCCUUUGUUUGCCCAUUCGAGUUCUAAAAGCUUGCAUUGUGUGAAACGCAGUUUCGAUCAUUUUGUUGUUCACUUAACCCACAAUGGAAGCAAUUCCUGCAGCCAUGAUCACUUUCAUUCCAAAGAGAAUAAACCACACUGUGAUAAACACUCUGACUCAAGCGUUUAUUGUUAUAAGCCUGGACUCCUUGAAUGGCAUUUUAUCUCAGCG